GGCGAGUCCGAGCGAGCGAGCGAGAGAGAGAGGGAGGGGUAGACAGGCAGACAGACAUUCAGACAGUGAGGGGCGCUAGCCAGGAAAGAUGGCUGCUUGUGUCUUGAGUCCCGUGAAGACCGAGGCACAAAUCCUCCAUAAUUCCAUGCUAGAGGAGGACCCCAACGACAACUCUGCCACAAAUGAGGAGGAAAAGAUCAAGCCUCGAUGGGGACCCUACCACAAGGGAGCCAAGGAGCUGGCCAGUCUGUACAGCAGGGGUAAACGCACACAGGAGAUCGUGUGUGUGUGCAUCUGUAUCACGCUGAUGGUGGUCAACUUGUAUUUCAUGGCCGUGCAUUUCAAGUUCGAGAAAGUGACUUCAAUCUUCCUGGUGGCUCUGGCUGGGAUUUUCACCGCAGACUUCGCUUCAGGCCUCGUGCACUGGAUGGCCGACACCUGGGGAUCUGUGGAGCUGCCUGUGCUGGGAAAGAACUUCAUUCGGCCCUUCCGAGAGCACCACAUUGACCCGACCUCCAUCACGCGACACGACUUCAUUGAGACCAAUGGGGACAACUUCAUGCUCACCAUCCCCGGCCUCACCUACAUGACAUGGAAUUUCUGCUCCCAAAGUAACGAAGAGGUUCAGAGUAACUACUACUGGUUCGCCUAUCUCUACCUCCUGGCCCUGUUUGUCGCCCUCACUAACCAGAUACACAAAUGGUCCCACACAUACUUCGGCCUGCCCCGCUGGGUGACCAUAUUGCAGGACCUGCACAUCAUCCUGCCCAAGAGGCACCACCGCAUCCACCACGUGGCGCCCCAUGAAACCUACUUCUGCAUAACCACAGGCUGGCUGAACCUGCCCCUGGAAAAGCUGCGGUUCUGGACAGCACUAGAGUGUUUGAUAGAGCUGGUCACUGGAUGCCGGCCCAGAGCAGAUGACUUCAAGUGGGCCCAGAAGCGGGAGUGACGCACGGGUGUGGUGGCGCCGCGCGGCAGACAGAAGCUACAGCAUCCCACGUGAGAAAGUUGAAAAAGAUAAUCUACGUAGCUUGGGGAAAAACAAAACAGCUCCUCUCUCUCCCUCUCUCUCUUUUUCUCUCUCUCUCUCUCUUUGCUGUCUUUCCUUCUGUGUUAACUUAGCACAAAAACUGACUGUGACUAUUAUUACGACCACUACUGUUUCCACUACUACUACUACUAUACUACUACUACUACUACUACUACUAUUGCUGCUGCUGCUGAAAAAAAAGCAAGAAUAUUGUGUUGUGCUUCAUUGUACUAAUUGUUUAGGUGUGUGUGUGUGUGUGUGUGUGUGUGUGUGUGUGUGUGUGUGUGUGUGUGUGUGUGUGUGUGUAAGAGUACUGUUCUUUUCCUAAGGUGGUAAUGAAUAUAUGUAUAUGUAUGUGUAUUUCUGUGUAUGUAUGCACGUGUGUGUGUGUAAAUGUGUGUGUGCGCGUGUUACCACCACUUACAUAGCUAUAUUUCCUCAUGCAUUUCUCCUUAUAUCAAAAAAACAGUCAUAUGUACGCGUUUGUGUAUGUUUAACCACGUGUGUGUGUGUGUGUGUGCGUGUGUGUGCAUGCGUGCAUUGCCACCACUCAGCUAUGUUUCUCAUGUCAAAACAGUUAUGUGUGCGUUUGUGUACGUAUAACUCUGUAUGUGCACGCAUGUACGUAUGUGUGUGUGUGUGUGUGUGUGUGUGUGUGUGUGUAUGUGUGUGCGCGUGUGCGUGUGUGUGUGUGUGCGUGCGUGCGCGCGCACGCGUGCAUGUGUGUACAUUACCACCACAUAGUUAUAUUUCUCGUUAUGUCAAAAAAUCAUGUGUCUGUGUGUGUGUGGGAGAGAGAGAGAGAAAGAGAGAGAGAGAGAGAGAGAGUGAGUGGUGCAUAACAUGAUAACAAGGUGCCUCCCAUAUAAAGCAUAAUAAAGGUGGUGAGCCUUGUGCUAAGGUAUCAUAGAGGUGCUGCCUACCCACACCCCUCUGUCUUGUGUUGGGGGGGAGACUAAGCUGUCUGUUUCUCUAAGCUGGAGUUGUGUAAUAUCCACAUUUUGGUAUUUUUUGUUUAUUUGUUUUAUUUAUUUUUUUUUAUUAUUUUUCUUAAUGUUUGCCAUUGUAGGGUGAAGUUGUGGUUCAUGUAGAUAUUUUGUUAGUUUGUUUUAUAUAUUUUAUUUAUUGAUUUAUUUUUUUUUUAUCUUGUCAUCUUACCUUUUUUCCUUUCUUUUUUUAAUAUUAUGUCUGAUUUCUGAAAGGUGAAGUCAUUUGCACUUUUUAGCUAUUCUUCCUUAUCCCACCAAACCAAGCCUUAUGUAACAAAAUCAAAAUUGCUUUACCUGACCUUACCCAGCCGAGUUUGACCUUGCCUUAAUACACCUAACCUGACUAAACCUUGACCUGACCUAACCUAACCUAACCUUAUCGAACCUAAUCUUACCAUACCUAACCUGACCUUAACUAAAUCUUACCUGACCUGACCUAACCAAACCAAACCAAACCUUAUCAAACCUAAUCUUACCAUACCUUACCUGACCUUAACUAAAUCUUGACCUAACCUUUCCUAACCUUACCAAACCUAACCUAAUCUUACCUGACCUAACUUAACCUAACUAAACCAAGCCUCUCCUAACCUAGCUUAACCUAACCUAAAUAAACCAAACCUUUCCUAACCUAGCUUAACCUAACCUAACCAAAUAUUAUCCAGCCUCAUUCUAUAAAAAAUAAUAAUAUCAGCUAUGAUACACAAGACACUUUUCUGAGCAGAAGCAGACCAGCCGAGUCCGCCCAGACCAAGACUUUUUGGUGUGGAUGAGCAGCACCACCAAUACUGCUGCUCAUGUAGAUGUUAUACGCAAUGCAAAUUUCCAAAGCACCUUCUUAUAGACUUUAUAAAAGGAUCGUACUCUGCAACACCUCAGCACGUCAUCCCCAUCACUUCCAGCAGGCCACAGUGGGACCUGGUGGGGUUUUCAAGGGCGUUUUGCUGGUGACUAGUGACAGUUUCAAGGAUUUUAUGGAUGCUGGUUUUUUUAAGGGUGUUUUCAUAGUUCCAGUGAGGGCGUAAUGUGGGUUCUGCUCCUUUAAUGGGCUGUAGUGAGUGUUAUUGUGGUUUUGAAGGGUGUUUUCAUGGUUCCAGUGAGGGCGUGAUGUGGGUUCUGCGCCUUUAAUGGGCUGUGGUGAAUGUUAUUGUGGUUUUGAAGAGUUCUCAUGGUCACAGUGAGAGCUUGGUAAGGAUUCUACACCCUUAACUGAUUCUAUUUUAUGUUACUGGUGUUUUAAAGGGUGUUUUCUUGAUCGCAGUGAAAGUUUAGCAAAGAUUUGUGCCCUUAACAGGCUGUAGUAGAAGUUACUGGCAUUUUAAGGGUGUUUUUUGGUUGCAGUGAGAAUUCAGGCAGGGUUUUGUGCUUUUAACAGGCUGUAGUGGAAGUUACUGGUGUUUUGAAGGGUGUUUUCUCAGUUGCAGUGAGAAUUCAGCCAGGUUUUUAUGCUCUUAACAGGCUGUAGUGAAAGGUACUGGUGUUUUGAAGGGUGUGUUCAUGACAGUAGUGAUAGACUGACACACCCUGCAUCACCAGAGACAAAACAGCCGUGAGAACACCACCAAUCCUCCCUUGUGGCCUUGGGAAGUGGUGUAGAUGAGGAAACAAGGUGUUGUGAGUACGGUCAUUACUGCGGUGAUGACGACGAUGGCGAGAGCAGACCUGGUGAUUAGGUAGAUGGUAUAUUUUGUGGACUAGGUGUUAGGUGUAGAGGUGGCGGCAGCGGCAGUGCACAGACACGAGGUGAACUUGGUGAAUGUUAUUGUGGUGUGCGCGAUGGGAGGAUUUUUACACCUGUAGUCGUAGCAAUCUGCAGAGUUCUUUGUGCUUCUAUGCCGAUGUAGGUGAGAAGGGUACAGGAAUAAUGUCACUGGUAAAUAUGUCACCAGGGGAAGAAUUGACUGGAAAAUAUGUGACUGGAAGGAGUGUUAGUGGCAAAUACGUCACUGGAAAUGUAUUAAUGGGAAAGUUUGUUAUUAUUACUGGUAAGUGUGUCAUAAAGGAAAGUGUUGGUGGUAAAUAAGUCACAGGGAAAAAUGUUUUAUUCUUCAAGAUAAAAAUAAAUGAUAUGUUUUGGGGAUUUGUUGAAACUGAAAAAAAUAACUACAUUAAGAAUUCCAAGCUUAACACUAAGAUGCCACAGAGUAAUCAAUAUCACAACGUACAUUUGUUAUUUCCAUGACAUUUUUUUCAAACCCCAAAAUCUGUGACAUAGUUUCCAGUAAUAUAUUUUCCUCUGAUAUAACAUUUUCCAGCAAUAUAUUGACUCCAGUGACAAAUAUUCUAGUGCCAUAUAUUCCAGAGGCAUAUUUUCCAGGGACACAUUUACUAGUGACAUAUUUUCCAGCACUAUUUUUCCUCUUACCCAUAAUGCCACACGCGCAGACAGGAUGCCGCUCACGCCUACAGGAGGUUUUUGUAUGGACACACAAACCAGCUAACCAGUUCUUAUUUUCCCUGAGAGAGAGACGCAAUGAUAAUGUUUCCCGUUUUCUCCGUCGCAGCAUCUCAAGAGCUUCUCCCGACGUCCUGACUAUAGCCAUGCUUCAUUUCACGUUAGCAGAAUACAAAAUAUGAAGAUACGUGUUUAUUCAAGAGCUUAUACGCCAAAUACUUCUUACAUAUUUUAAAGAACUUUAGGCAUACACUUCACAUCAAGGAUUUAAACUUUUCUCAACACCUCCCUUGCACACCUGGCCUGCGUUCCCAAGCUUCUGCCCUCUCGCCUCGACUGUCAGCAGCAGGCUCUCUGUGUGGGAGGUGGUGGGGUUUUCAAGGUUGUUUUCCUGCUUGCAGUGACAGUUUAAGAAGAAAUUACACUUUUUGUGGGCUCUGGUGGAGUAACUGGUGUUCCCAAGGGCAUUUUCCUGAUUCCAAUGAUAGUUUUAAUGGGAAAUCUGCACCUGUAGCUGUCUCUUGGGGGAAGCUGUUGGGUUUUCGCAAACGUUUUCUUGAUUCCAGUGAUAGUUUGAUAAGAGAACCAUUUGCAGUGACCAGUAGAAGUAGUGGGGUUUUCAAAGGGGUUUUCUUGAUUCCACUGAUAGUUUAAUGACAAUUCUACAAUUCAGGCUGUUUUCAUGGUUCCAGUGGUAGUUUAGCAAGACUAAGUAUAUGUAGUGUCUGAUAGAAGGUGUGGGGUUCUCAGAGGUGUUUUCUUGGUUCCAGUGAUAGUUUGGUUAGGAUUCUGCUCCUUCAGUUAGUUGUAUUGGAAAUUGGUGGUGUUGUCAAGGGUGUUUUUAUGAGUCUAGUGAUGUUUAACCCUUUUGCUGCUGUGGUCAUCCUUCCUAACCUUUCUAGUGCUGUAAAAACUGUUUGCAUGGAGACACAGGAGGGGAAAGAGGAAGAACGGAAGGUAAUUUUGUCUCUCUUAGCCUUUUCUCAGCAAUACAAGACAAUUAGCAGCAGCAGAAGCAAUGUGUGAAAGCUUUAUAAGCCUCUACAAGAAAACAAGAAAAAGAAUAGAUUUUUUUAUUCAUUUAUUUUAUUUAUUUAUUUAUUUAUUUAUUUAUUUAUUUAUUUAUUUAUUUAUUUUAUUUUUUAUUUUAUUUUAUUUUAUUUAUUUUUUAGUAUUUCUACCGAGUUUGAGAUGUGGCUGUAAGUGUCUACAGGAAAACAUUGGAUUAAAAAGACUAUAUUUACUUUAUUUAUUUAUUUUAUGUAUUUAUUUUUAUUUAUUUAUUUUCUUAUUUCUAUGCAGUUUAAGAUGUGGCUGUAGAACAAGUAAAAAUAUCUGAAGGUAGCUUAUUAGGGAAAGAUGUAGCAGAUAGCAGCCAGACGAUUAAGCCACAGAAACAUUAACGACAGCCUAGCAGAAAAACAUUAUUCGAAGAGUCGUUAAUAAAGAGGGCCAACGGAGGGAAGUGGGGAGUUUUCAAGGGCAACAUCUUGAUACUAGUGAUAGAUUAACACUUCAACUGCCACCUGGUAUACUUUCACUCCACAUCUAACCUUUGAACUGAGAGGAAAUUGAAAAAUAUAUUCUUUUCAUCACUAACUUUCUCGUAAAUGCUUAUAAAGACACACAUUGCUUCUUUUCAUUGCUAACUUUCUCAUAAAUGCUUAUAAAGGCCCACAUUGCUUCUUUUCAUUGCUAACUUUCUCGUAAGUGCUCAUAAAGACAAACAUUGCUUCUUUUUCAUUGCUUUCUUGUAAAUACUUAUAAAAACACACAUUGCUCUGGUGCUGCAAUCUGUGUCAUGUUGUUGGAAAUGUAAACAGGAACAAACAGCCUUGAGAACCCAGCCAAUCAUCUCUGUGGCCUUGGGGAAACGGUCGUGAUGAGAGAACGAAGUGAUUCCGAACGCGGGCCUCCGUCUAAAUCGUUAGGCUGAUGUGUGGCUAUCGUCUGUGUGUGUGUGUGUGUGUGUGUGUGUGUGUGUGUGUGUAUGUAUGUAUGUAUGUAUGUGUGUGUUCAAUAUAUUUUACAUCAUUUGCUUGGGGGUGUAAUGUAUAGUGUAGAAUUUUUUUACUGGCUAUGUAUCGUGUCUGUGUGUGUGUGUGUGUGUGUGUGUGUGUCAGAAAGAUCCAUACAUGGCAAUAUUAUUCCGAAUUAAAUGUGUGAAAAAAAACUGUGGAAUGCAGGAAAAAUUAGAAAAGUGAGAGGAAAGGAAUGAAUAUACAUGAAGAAAUUAAUAAUAUAAAUGAAGUGAUAGUAAUAAUAAAAAAAAAAAUUGUCUAAAAUUAUUGGUAUCUAUCCAUCUAUCUGUCUAGCUAUUACAACCCAUUUUCUUUAUCAGUCUGUCCUUCUGUUACAACCCAUUUUCUUUAUCUAUCCACCAAUCUUACAAACCAUUUUCUUUAUCAGUCUACCCUAUUACAACCCAUUUUCUUUUAUCCAUCCACCAAUUUUACAGUCCAUUUUCUUUACCAAUCCACCUAUUUCUUUAUCUGCCUACCAAUUAAAACCUAUUCCUUCAAACUUUCACCCAUUUUCUCAUUAAUUUCUUUCCAUUCACAUCUUCCCAUUUAUUGCAGGAGUGACCGUUCUUUUCCCUAUUUAAUUAUUACUCUUAUUCUUACCUCAGCAUUUGUUGUGAGUCGCUGAAGAGUUGGUAAUGUGUCUUAAUGUUGUAAUGUGGCCUUGGCUGGGUUAUAGUGUAGUUUGGGUAGCGUAAUGGUGAAAUGUUGGGGUCAUUUUGUGUUUUUCACUAUUUCUCUCUUUACUUGUGUCUUUGUUUAUCAGUUUCUGUUGCAAAAUGUGUAUUGUCGCUCUUGUUUAUUUGUUUGUUUGUUUGUUUCUUCUCUCUCUCUCCCUCCCUCCCUCCCUCCCUCCCUCCCUCCCCUAACCUUAUCUGACUAACCACUUGUUUCUUCAGUGUGUGUGUGUGCUUAUCAUUAUCUAUUCUUUAUUCUCUGGUGCUAAUCUUUUCUCUCUUUCAUACAUACACACAUACACACACACACAUCACUACCACCACCACCACCACUAUAUUAUUCAUCAUUCAGUCAUAGCAAUAUCAUAAUGAAUGUUUAUAUUCUGAU